CUUCAGGGGGGAGAAGUAUACUUUAAUAUGUUAAAACGAAACCAAAACAUGUUUUUGUGUUAUCUUUAAAUAUUGGUAUUAAAAAAGAAAGCUAGAGGGUGAUAAUUGUAACACAGGAUUUUUUCAGAACGGUAUGUAUAAAAAUAUUAAUAACAAGUUCAUAAUUAUUGAUUAUGACUAAUGUACUUAUAUAUGUACAUCAAUUCAUCAAAUAUGGCUGUCAAUUUAUGCAAGGCGUUUUACUUUGAUCGUCUGUUUUGAAGUACAAAGCCAAAUAGCAAUCUGAAUGUAUUGAAAAAGCUAUUUAUACAAGCUCUGAUUAAUUUCUUUUCACUUACAUGACAAACAAGAUGGAAAGUUUAUGCUUGCAUGAGGAUGUUUUGAGUAUUUAUUAAAUAACUCUAUUUUCGUUCUCAGAAUUUGCUACAAUGAUUUCAUUGUCUGAUGCAGUUCGUUUGGAAUCGAGCAAUCCUGCCGUAAACACUCUCAAACCAUGGUGGGAAGUUUGGAUCGAUUAUACACUAAACGCUUUCCUGUUGGUCGUUCUAUUUGCCUUGGCUGGUGUCACAAUCUCAGGCACCCCCGGUCUUGUGUGCCUACCAGCCAACACUAACCUAACCUCAUUGAAUUAUGCGGCAAACUUCUAUGCUAACGCCAAGUGCACCACCCAUGUCGACGGCCAUAUUUUGGUUGUGUUCCCGUACAUCAUAUUUGCUCAAUGGGCGAUCCUUUUUACGCUACAUUUGUCCUGGUUUAAUCUCCCCUCUGUGAAAGCAUUCCUCGCUUCAUCAUUCGACACAUUUCAGAUAUUGAAAAAAGAAGGAAACCCUGCUAUUCAAGCCAAAAAGAAAUCAAACAAACAUUUGGAAAUGAGAGAAACUAGUACAAAACCAAACAACCGUUCAAAUUCAUUACCUAAUUCCCAAGAUGACGGCGACGAUGAUGACCCAUUAAAAUUGGGUAGAAAUGCAAGGCUUGUGUAUCUUGUAGACUUGUUGCAAUACCUGUCACAAUUUAGAUACAACUUAGUGAACUUAUACACUAUGAAAUCCGUUGCAACUUGUGUCCUAACAGCGCUCCUCAGUGCUGGGCUAAUUUCAUGGCUCGUAGCAUUCCAAUGGAGAACAACUUUUACAUGUGAUCUACAAGGCUCCCUCCCGCCCCCCUUUGACCACAACUCAUGUUCAUUCCCUGCGGCACCUUACGUCUACAGCAUAAUGAUCUUAAAUACCAUCUUCACAAUAGUUUUGGGCAUGUUCAAUCUCCGAGCAUUAUUCUGGCUUGCCAAAUUCAGGUAUGACAUGAAAAUAGGCAAGGGUUGGGGUUAGUAUUACAGGUAAACUAUGUGAAGCGUUCCUUUUUUGACUUCCUAUAAACUCAUUUGGAAUUUUCCUUUAAUUAGCUUUGCAAAUUUGAAAAACUUUUUGCAAAUCCUUGAGGGAAUUUGCAAUGUUCCUAUCUGCUGUUGCAAUAUUCCAAUGCAAAAAAACUUCAUUUAAAAUUUUCCUAACUUCCUGUUUUAAUUUUCUGACUUCCUGUUCUGUUCUGAGCGUUGUCAUUGGUGGAUUAUUUUUGUUUGCCAAUUACAAUGUGCAAAACAGAACAGGAAGUUAGGAACUUGUAACAGGAAGUUAAGAACUUCUAACAGGAACUGAGGAAAAUUUAAUCAGCUUUAAGCAACAUUGUAAAUUCCCUCAAGGGAGCUUUUUAAAUUGCAAAGGUAAUGAGGAAAAUUGCAAUCAACUUAGAAAUGCAAAAGAGGAAUGCUUGACAUAGUUUACCUGUAAGAGUAUGGUUAGGGUAAAAUCUUCAUGGUUGAAAAUAUUUUACUGCAGUUUUGUUACACAUGCAGGUAUUCAGAUAUUAUUCAAAAGCUUCCACAAAUUAUUGGGGGAGAGGGGGCUGUCACCCUUUGCUCUGAAAUUGACCUCAAAUAAACACAUCCCAAAGUUGCUCACUAUAUAGGGGUGCAUCCACUGACCAAUGUUUUAUAUUGAUCGGUUGGUUCAUUUUUCUUCCCCAGGUACAAAUACAGGAAUUACCAACACAGAAAAUGGCACUGUAACCACCCUCUGCACGGCAAACCCGGCUUCUACGAUUACUUCUUUUGCAUUCAACUAUUGAAGAUAAACAAUGCGGAAGGAGAUGUUGUUUUCAAAACAAUGGAAGAGGCUUUUGAAAUAUUUCAAAGUAAACUACCCGAAGAAAAAAAUCAGGUGGUAUCCGAAUCAUCUAUGAUCAUCCCGGAAACACCAAACCAUUAUAAAAAUCAGUUUGUUUUGACUGAAGUUUUGCGUGAAUUAGGAAUGAGCACUAAAAGAUCCAGCCGUGAUGAUUUGUGGGCAGCCUUGGCUAAUAGCUUGGACCAGAAUAAGCCACCUUUAUCUUCUAAGAAGCUCCUGCCUUGUAUACACGAAGUCAGUAGGCGUGUUGUGGCAGAGUUGUUAGAGAAGCAUGCAUUGUUUAAGGAUUUGAUUAAUAAAGAUGACCGUUGCCCAAUGUUUGAAGAUUAUAUCGAAGAUCUCAAAUUGGACAAAGUACGCGAAAAAGGAAUAAAAGAAGACCACUACAUUUUGAUGGCCUUUGCCAUUGCAUACAAGGCUAAUAUUGUUAUUGUACGUGCCGAGAAAAGCUCGUUACUCUACGAACCGGAAAAACCUGAAGAGAACCAAUCAGUCUGGUUUAUAACCUUCAUACCACCGCAUUACUAUUAUGCAACAACUACAGACCCCAACGCAAGCCCUGAGGAAAGUGCUGGCUUGAAGUUCCUCACUGAUCAAAUUUAUCAAACGGAGUUGUUGAAAGAGGUGAAUGAUAGAUGGGAAUCCAAAGGAUUCAUGGAGUAUAAGAGCAAUUUAGAGAGUAUUUUCCUCAAGAGUUACACUACCAGUCUCCAGCUUACCUCAGAGAUGUCCCAGUGUCUCACGUGGACAGGAAAGAUGAAGGUUUGAGAUAUCGAGUCAGUAGAUCGAAAUCAGAUAAAAAGAAGAUUGAACAUUUUGCACUCAUGGACUCGGUUUGAAUCCGUCAGACACUUUAAUCCAAAAUACUGCAAAAAGUUGCUAUGACACUAACAAUAUAUUAGUCUAAGUGUUUAAAAUGAGCAAUCGGAUUUACAACAGUUCGACGCAAUUUCUGACAAACAGCCCCUGAUACAGAUAUGUUAAUAAAUUAUAUUAACAGGAAAUCAGUGACAGUGAGCAUGAACUGCUUUUCAUUUUUUGACACGUUUCAUUCUCAUGACAUUUAGCCAAGGUUUGAAUAAAAUUCAGUACUUCUAGUCUUCUAGCAACAAAGAAUAUAUUGAAAAUUUCAAUUGAGCAUAAAACAUUUAAUGAUCCAUGCCCAUGCAUGUUGUAAAUUGGGCUGGACUCGGAAAACACGAACUCUGAUCUUCAAAACAUGGACUCCCUCAGUCCGCGAUUUGGAAAACCGAGUCCUUGAUUGUUGUAAAUGGACAACUUGCAUAUGUUAGAUUAAGUUUUAAUCUAGUACUAAAGAGAAGGGAAUCGAACACCACCGCUAAAAGGAACAAAAUGAAAUUAGUAUAAACAUUGCAAAAUUUGGUUGUGAAAUGAUAUAAAGCUUGGAAAAUAUAGUCUUGCAAAGUUUGCAAAUUUUGUAUAUGUUUGUAUUACGUGCGGAAAUUGUUACCAUUUUUGGAUCAAAUUUUGCAAUUGUACUAAUUUUAAUAAGUUCUUUGACUUUACGGGAAUUUACUUUUUUUUGCCUAGAUCAAAACUAACAUGCAUGUUGUGUAUUAUUGUACAUGUAUUGAACUUCAGUCCAUCUUGUACAAAUUGCAGGUCGAGUCCACUCGAGUGCAGUUUAAGUUUUCCAACAUGCCAUUCUUGCAGAUUUGCCUGGCGGUAAUCGCGAAAAACAUCAACCAGUUCGCCGAUAUCCUAUUAUAAAGUAUAAACAGUGCAAAUAAUAUCUGGAAUUACGGAUUAAAGCUUCCCCAAAUGACAAACGUGAUGAUAAAACGUCAAUAAUAAACAGUUUAAUUAUUUCUUUAUUAUUUUAACAAGCAUUUAUACGGUACAAAGACUUUUUUGUAAACGUAGAAUAAAUUUGCCAUAGGCAUAGCCAUAGGAACGAUAAGCAAUUUGCAAUAAGGCGAAAAUUCUCGCGGAUUGAAUUCCACUUUCUGCAACGAAUAAGCGUGCGAAAAUGCAUUUGCCGAUUUGGCUUAAUCAAUAUUUAAUAAAUCACGCAAAUCCUUUGUGGAUUAAAGUAAAGAAUUUGCAAUGACUGACUACAAAAAUUCCUCGCGGAUUGAAUUCAACCUAUGAUUCAACUUUCUGCCAAAAUGCAAUUUGCCAAUUUGGCUCUGACGUGUGCAGUAACAGCAGUUUCAGGGGUAAUACGUGACCGACUUAGUAACCGCACUUAUAUUUUACUUAAGUGUUGCAACGUAUGAUUGUUAGAUCGAAAUAAAGGCGC